AUGGCGUCGAACAGAACUGCUGCAGUUCCCGGUUCUCAAAAGCCUGAUGAUGAGAACGAUACUCCAAUUAAGGUUGAUAAGUGGGAUGGUUCAGCGCUUAAAAACGCCCUAGAUGAUGGGGCUAAAAAGGUACUGGUAGAUAAGAAUGGAUGCGUGGAGUCUCAUAGGCUGAUGGAUGGCCGUCUGUCAAUCUGUACCAUUGCAGUAGGCUUUGCUCUCUUCGCUCUCAUCUGGGAUUACACAAAGCCAUUCCCAGAGUCUCGUCCUAUCCUCAUCGUAUGCGUUGUCUCUUAUUUUUUGCUUAUGGGCAUUUUAACAUUGUACACUUCGUACAAGGAGAGAGGGAUUUUCCUGGUGGCCUUGGAGAAGGACAAGGCAGGGAUCGACCCCGACAAUAUAUGGACCCUGUCCUCCUACCUCAAGAGAUACGAUGACAUCUAUAAUCUGAACAUGGUUUUCACUGAUGGCAAGACACAACAGAAGCGAGAAACUAACAUGGCGAGAUCGGUGGCCAGUUUCUUUGAUGAGGAAGGAAAGCUGUGUCUGGAGAUGUUUGAGCCUGAAAUAAGGAAGUUACAGUCAAGUUUGUUGUCUGACAAAAAGGACAAUUAAAGUCUGGAAAGUACCCAAAAUGACUUUAACAGAGACAUCUGCAGAUUUGAAAGGAAGCCUUAUACUCUAAUACUUGAAUGUUUUAUAUAAAAAUACUUUUAUUGUAUAUGUGUGUAUCAUCAUCUAGAUGUGUAAAUGAAUGUGUUGAGUAUGUCUUAAAACGACAAUCAAAUAAACGAGUAAUCGAGUGGUAAGUAUGGGUGGAGGAAUAUCAUUAAAGGUGGAAUAAUGUGGCUUUUUAAAAGUUCAGUGUACGCCAUAUUUCUCCUAAAACUCUUGUUUGACAUGUUGUUCAGAAGGUUGUCAGCCAGUAACCAUGGGUUAAAUCACCUGACAUUAGGUUCAACUUUAGUCUGGCCUUAACUUUGUGUUGUUCAAAGCAGCGUUAGAUUUAAUACAAGGCUAAGUGUACCUAACCCUGGGUUAACUUUUAUUUGUCAGUUAAAAUGUCAAUGUCAAGCUUGAUAAAACGGGUAUUUUUGAACACCCAUAUUGUCCAAGCUAUACAAUGUGAAUCAAGAUCAUCUGACGCGUGUAACACUGGUUUAAUAGUAUGAAACUGGAAAAUGUGGGUCUUACCACUUUUUCCAAAGGAGCGUUUGAUAGGUGUUGGACACCUUGUUACAGGUUUGCGACCUCAGUUUAUGCAACAGUUUUACUCGAAUAUUGAAGACUAGGGCAGAGGGAUUAAAAACAUAGCAACGGUGAGAUUGGAAUAGUUGCUGAUUGGUCACAUGAAUGGAAGCACAUUUAACUUACAAUGACAUUUGAGGUACCAGGUCUCGUAGCACACCAAGAAUGCAAUACCUCUGCAAUUCAAUCACUGCCAAACAGUGGUACUGUGCUCUGCAUUCAUUCCUACUUCGGGAUCAUCACCAAAGUUUAAUGCACUGGUCGUGUGCAUAUGGUCAAUGUUUUAUCCAAUUCCUGCGCGGGCUUUUCGGACCGCUUUGGUGGCUUAACGGUUUGAUUGUUCGCCUCAAAGUCGAGAGACUUUAUAUAUCAAAGACUUUAAAAAUGGUACUUGUUGCUGCUUGGCUUGACGCACAGCACUGAGGGUAAGAAAACCGGAUUGAAUAGCUCAGUGUCAGAGUAAUGUGACUGCGUGGUGGUGUCAUGCCUGGUGUCUUCAGCAUGACACUUCAGUGGUCGGAGCACUUUGGUGGAAUGGGCUGUCCCUGCCAGAAGAGGACACAGCGUAUUUACACACACCCAUUGACUCCUGGUCGUCUUACGACUGGAAAAUUGUUGAAAA